AUGAAGAAAGAAGUAGAUUAUAAGAAGGCAUCUAGCCGGUUUUUGAUAACUGUAAAUGUUAUAGGAAGCUCGGGGUCGAUUAAGUUUGUGGUCAAUGAAGAUGAUCGAGUCGCCGGAGUUAUCGAGAAAGUCCUCAAACUCUAUGAUCGACAAAACCGCCUCCCUCUUCUUGGCUCUUGUCAUGUCAACGACUUCCAUUUGUUUCCUCUUAACGGAGAAUUUAACGAUAUUGCUUUGAAUACCCAUGAAAAGAUUGGGAAUAAAAAUGGAGUGAGGAAUUUUGUCAUGUCAAAGAAGGUAAACCGUCAAUCUGAUCAGAUCAAGUCGGUGACAAGGUCCAAUAAUGGUUGGAGGGCAUGGCUUAACAAUACAUUCAAAAUCAUACCAACCAUCUAG